UAAUUCCGAACUUGCCCGGAAAGUAUGAUAAACAAUAAUCCUCUUUUCUCAAGUGAAAGACAGAGGGGGACACACCCAUCGAUUAAUUCGUCAGCAAUUUGUUUCCGCUCCGCGCAAACAAAACGCGGUUGAAGUCUUGGCGUCGAAAUCUGCAGAGCGAUGGAAGUUUCAGGUGUUGUUUCCCGGCAGGUUCCGUCCUUCUCCGGCGCUGGAAUUGAUACCCACCAACCUUCUAUGCCAUUUUCCGGCGUAUCGGUCGCUCCCCGCUCUCGGCCUUUCGGCGAGCUUAGGCUUCUGGGUCAUGGGAAUUCUGGAGUUUCUUUCCGACCACCUAAGAGGUUUCCCACCGCCCUGGAUUCUGGGUUUUCCGAUAACGCCCACAUUCAGUAUUAUGUCGGUCCCAUCUGUGGUGAGAAGACGAAGAAGAAGGAGAAGAAGAAGGAUAAGGUUUUAGUUUUGGGAGCGCUGCCGACCAAGAAGAAGUUGAAAUUGCUAAGGGGGUUUGCGAACAGCUUGUCCAAGCUUUCUGAGUUGGGUUUUGGUUUGGAUGAUCUUCAGGAGGGUUUAGCCGCAGAUAUUGGAAACAAGCUGACUCCGGAAGCUUCAGAUAUAUUGCUAAAACAACUUGAACAACUAAGAGAAGAGGAGAAGGAAAUGAAGAGGAGCAGGAAAGAAGAGAAGGCCAAGCAAAAAGCUGAACGGAUGCAAAACAUGCUUGAUCAAGAAUCCUCAUCGUCCGAAUCCUCAUCAUCAUCAUCUGAAUCAAGUGAUAGUGAAUGUGGGGAGGUAGUUGAUAUGAGCGGCCUGAGAACUGAAGCCCACAUCCAACCAAAAGUAGAUGACUUGCAGCCACUUUCUCAACAACUAGCAACAUUGCCCCUCCCGAGCUUGGCCUCCACUUGCCAAGGGAAUGCAACUGAGGAACAUGGUUUAUGCUGCACUAAAAGUAGCACCGAUUAUGGCCCUUGUAGCAUUGGCCAUGUUGAUGGAAGUAUCACACUUAGAGGAGUGUCCGCCACAAGGAUUGAAGUCUGCAUGGGUAACAAGUGCAAGAAAUCAGGAGCUGCAGCAUUGUUGGGAGAAUUUGAGAGGGUGAUGGGAGUGGAAGGUGCUGUUGUAGGGUGUAAAUGCAUGGGAAAAUGCAGAGAUGGUCCCAAUGUGAGGGUUUUGAAGACUCAAAAGCAGAUAGGAGUAGAUGACUCUAUUAAGACUGUAGCUAACCCUUUAUGCAUUGGGGUUCGGUUGGAAGAUGUGGAUGGUAUUGUGGCUGGUUUAUGUGGGGAAGAGAGGAAACAUUUGAGUUUAGCUACGGCUUAGGCUCUUUGUCGAUCCAAUAAGGGGGCAAAUAUGGUGUCUUAUGUCAUGAAAGUCUUAUGCUGUUGUUGGGAUGUCCAAAAGUCCCCUUUUUUUUAUUAUUAUUAUUAGUUUUUUGUAACCGCUGAGUAGUUUAUAAGUAAUGUAAAUAGAAUAGUUUAUAGCAAUUAUAUUAUUCAUUUCUGUGUCUUGCUUUUUGGUUCAUUCUAAAUGUGAGGGUUUUGAAGACUCAAAAGCAGAUAGGAGUAGAUGACUCUAUUAAGACUGUAGCUAACCCUUUAUGCAUUGGGGUUCGGUUGGAAGAUGUGGAUGGUAUUGUGGCUGGUUUAUGUGGGGAAGAGAGGAAACAUUUGAGUUUAGCUACGGCUUAGGCUCUUUGUCGAUCCAAUAAGGGGGCAAAUAUGGUGUCUUAUGUCAUGAAAGUCUUAUGCUGUUGUUGGGAUGUCCAAAAGUCCCCUUUUUUUUAUUAUUAUUAUUAGUUUUUUGUAACCGCUGAGUAGUUUAUAAGUAAUGUAAAUAGAAUAGUUUAUAGCAAUUAUAUUAUUCAUUUCUGUGUCUUGCUUUUUGGUUCAUUCUAAAUGUGAGGGUUUUGAAGACUCAAAAGCAGAUAGGAGUAGAUGACUCUAUUAAGACUGUAGCUAACCCUUUAUGCAUUGGGGUUCGGUUGGAAGAUGUGGAUGGUAUUGUGGCUGGUUUAUGUGGGGAAGAGAGGAAACAUUUGAGUUUAGCUACGGCUUAGGCUCUUUGUCGAUCCAAUAAGGGGGCAAAUAUGGUGUCUUAUGUCAUGAAAGUCUUAUGCUGUUGUUGGGAUGUCCAAAAGUCCCCUUUUUUUUAUUAUUAUUAUUAGUUUUUUGUAACCGCUGAGUAGUUUAUAAGUAAUGUAAAUAGAAUAGUUUAUAGCAAUUAUAUUAUUCAUUUCUGUGUCUUGCUUUUUGGUUCAUUCUAAAUGUGAGGGUUUUGAAGACUCAAAAGCAGAUAGGAGUAGAUGACUCUAUUAAGACUGUAGCUAACCCUUUAUGCAUUGGGGUUCGGUUGGAAGAUGUGGAUGGUAUUGUGGCUGGUUUAUGUGGGGAAGAGAGGAAACAUUUGAGUUUAGCUACGGCUUAGGCUCUUUGUCGAUCCAAUAAGGGGGCAAAUAUGGUGUCUUAUGUCAUGAAAGUCUUAUGCUGUUGUUGGGAUGUCCAAAAGUCCCCUUUUUUUUAUUAUUAUUAUUAGUUUUUUGUAACCGCUGAGUAGUUUAUAAGUAAUGUAAAUAGAAUAGUUUAUAGCAAUUAUAUUAUUCAUUUCUGUGUCUUGCUUUUUGGUUCAUUCUAAAUGUGAGGGUUUUGAAGACUCAAAAGCAGAUAGGAGUAGAUGACUCUAUUAAGACUGUAGCUAACCCUUUAUGCAUUGGGGUUCGGUUGGAAGAUGUGGAUGGUAUUGUGGCUGGUUUAUGUGGGGAAGAGAGGAAACAUUUGAGUUUAGCUACGGCUUAGGCUCUUUGUCGAUCCAAUAAGGGGGCAAAUAUGGUGUCUUAUGUCAUGAAAGUCUUAUGCUGUUGUUGGGAUGUCCAAAAGUCCCCUUUUUUUUAUUAUUAUUAUUAGUUUUUUGUAACCGCUGAGUAGUUUAUAAGUAAUGUAAAUAGAAUAGUUUAUAGCAAUUAUAUUAUUCA